CUUGUAUUGUAUAACGUAAACCCACAAUGGAAUUGCUUUGAACAAACUUUUAGCGAGUGGUGUGAAACAUUCGACGAUGCACACAAAGAUUACGUACCAUUCGAUGGGUGUUCUGUGAUGGGCAGUGAUAACCCCCAAUGGGAAUGGCAACGAAAGAAGAACCCUGCCGGCGGGGCAUCAAUUUCGAGCGCUUUGGUUUUCCGGAGGUCGAUGAAGAUAUUACGUUUUGGAUUGGAUCGGCACAGGCACACACACCCUGCCACUACGAUACGUACGGAUGCAAUAUAGUGGUGCAGGUUUUCGGACGCAAAGCAUGGACACUGUUACCACCGGAAGCCAAUUUAACACCAGUUCGCGUUCCAUACGAAGAAUCCAGCGUGUACUGUGAGGAAAAUUUUUACAGCCCUUCAUCGUACAGCCAGUUUUUGAAGGUAGAGAACGACGUGUAUCAUGUCGUUUUGGAACCAGGAAUGGCACUAAUUGUACCUCCGCGAUGGUGGCACUACGUGGAAACAUUAGAACCAGCCCUUAACUUCAACACUUGGCUCAGCUUGGAAAUGGACGUAGAUUCUCUUAUCUCGGAAUGCAUAACUAAGCUAAUUGUUCAAGAUUUGUGUGACGAGGUUUCAGAGCAUGUAAAAAGUCGUAUUAUUAAUCCGAACGAGGUAUUGUCCUUCUGA